CUCGACCAUCUGCCAGCACCUUCCAACUCGUCUCUCUUCACUCCCUCCCACUCCAUUCUCAUCAUCAUGUCUACCCGCGCGAUCGUUAAGUCCGUGCUCUCUGGCGACACGGUGAUCGUGCGUCCCAAAGAGGCGCCCGCUCGUGGUCAGCCCGCCAAGGAGCGCGUUCUCCACCUCGCUGGCACAUCGGCCCCGCGCAUCGGCACUGCGUCCCGCGACGAUGAGCCCUUCGCCUUUCAGGCGCGCGAGUUCCUCCGCUCCCACCUCGUCGGCAAGGAGGUUGCGUACACUGUGACGCACACGCUCCCUAACGGGGGCGAGUUCGCAACUGUCCUCUCAGCCCCGCCCGGACCGGGCAAGCGGCCCCAGGAUGUCGCGACACUUGUCGUCGAGAAUGGUUGGGCAAAGGCGCGCGACAACGCGCCCGAGGCACUGAAGGAGGCAGAAGGGCGCGCGCAGGCUGAGACGCGCGGUCUGUGGGGUGCUCAGCCCGACCAGCUCACUGUCGCGUUCGCCAUGCCGGCCGACCCGCACGCCUUCAUUGCCGAGCACUCUGGCGAGAUCGACGCUAUUGUUGAGCAGGUCCGCGACGGCACGCAGCUGCGUGUGCGUUUGCUCCUUGACGACAACAACCACCAGCUCAUCAACCUCGUUACUGCCGGCGCCAAGAGCCCGCGCGCUAGCGUCACGCGCGACGGUGAGACGCAGGCCGCUGAGCCGUGGGGCGAGGAGGCCAAGUUCUUCACCGAGGCACGCCUGCUCCAGCGCCGCAUCAAGGUCCGCCUGCUGUCCGCGCCCGUGUCGCUCAACUCGGCUCCCUUCCAGACCGAGAGCAGCGGGCUCCCUUCUCUCUCCCAGGGCGCGAGCUUCAUAAUCGGCCAGGCAAUCCACCCCAACGGCAACAUUGCCGAGUUCCUUACCUCUGCUGGCCUUGCCAAGGUCAUUGACUGGCACGCUGGAAUCCUCGCCGCACACGGCGGCCUUGAAAAGCUCCGCGCGGCUGAGAAGUCUGCCAAGGAGCGCCGCGUGGGGUUGUGGGAAGGCUAUGGUGCCACCAAGGCAGCGAACGGUGCUGGUGGUGCCGCCGCUCCGGCCAGCACGACAAAGGGCCAGUCGUUUGAGGCCACCGUCGUCCGGAUCUGGGGUCCUGACCAGCUGUCGAUUGUCGCAAAGGGUGACUCGCCGACCAAAGACCGGCGCGUGCAGCUCGCCUCGGUGCGCGGACCUCGUGGCGCCGACGCCAAGAACGCUUACUAUGCGGCCGAAGCCAAGGAGUUCCUUCGCAAGCGCCUCGUCGGCAAGGUCGUGAACGUGCACGUCGACUACGUCAAGCCCAAAGACGGCGAGUACGACGAGCGCGAGUGCGUCACGAUCAAGUACGGCGGGAACCAGAACAACGUCGCGGAGCAGCUCAUAGAGAAGGGCCUUGCGACUGUGCUGCGCCACCGCCGCGACGACGAGGACCGCAGCAUGGAGUUUGACAAGCUCGUGCUGGCUGAGCAGACCGCGGCCGGCGAGACCAAGGGGCUGCACUCGCCGAAGGAGGUGUCGCUCCCACGCAUUGUGGAUGCGAGCGAGAACCACUCCCGCGCCUCGCAGUACCUCCCCUCGUGGAAGCGGCACGGGAAGCACGCGGCCGUGGUUGACUUUGUCUCUGCGGGCUCGCGCUUCAAGCUGCUCCUCCCCAAGGAGAACGCCAAGAUCACGUUUGUGCUUGCUGGAAUCCGGGCGCCGCGGACGGCGCGCAACCCGAACGAGAAGAGCGAGCCGUACGGCAACGAGGCGCACCGGUUUGUGUCGCGCACGAUGCAGCGCGACGUCGAGGUGACGUUUGACAGCACGGACAAGCAGGGCGGGUUCAUCGGCGGCAUGUUUAUCGGGAACAACAACGUCGCGGUGGACCUGGUGCGCAACGGCCUCGCGAGCGUGCACGAGCCGAGCGCGCGCAACCUGCCGUACGGCGCCGACCUGCUCGCGGCGGAAGAGGCGGCGAAGAAGGAGCGCAAGAACCUCUGGGCCGACUUUGACGGCGAAGAGGAGGUCGCGCCUGCGGCCAACGACGCCGCCCUCCCGCCGCAGUACCUCGACGUGUGCGUGUCGAGCGUGCGCGAGUCGGACCCCUUCGCGUUCUCGUACCAGGAGCUGGACGAGGCGAACUCUGCCGCGCUCGAGCGCCUCAUGUCCGACUUUAGUCUGUUCCACCGGAACCAGGCGAACGCUGCGCCGGCCGGCUGGACGCCGAAGACGGGCGAGCUCGUAUCCGCCAAGUUCUCGGAAGACAACACAUGGUACCGCGCGCGCGUGAAGCGCGCGUCGGGGAUCAAGAAGGACGCGCAUGUCCACUUCAUCGACUACGGGAACGAGGAGACGAUGCCGUUCGCGCGCAUCCGCCCGCUCGACCCAAAGUUCAAGGCGCUGCCGGGACAGGCGAAGGAGGCGCGCCUGUCGUUCGUCAAGCUCCCGCCGCGGGAGAGCGAGUACGGCGCCGAAGCGUGGCGCCGCUUCGGCGACCUCACGAUCGGGCGCAAGCUCGUCGCCAACGUCGACCAGCGCGAGGGCAAUCUCGCGCACCUCCGCCUCAUCGAUCCCGCGGACCCGCAUGCGGCCGAGGACCCGCUCGCGUGCCUCAACGCGGAUAUGGUGCGCGAGGGGCUCGCGACGCUCGACAAGGGGCUUAGAUACCUCGGCGCGUAUCCCCAGGUGGUGAAGAAGAUCCAGCAGGCGAGCGAGGGCGCCAAGGUGGACCGGUUGGGCAUGUUUGAGCUGGGCGACGUGAGCGAGGACUGAGUGAGACUAGGGAGCGGAGGAGACGAGAGGGACAGAGGAGGUGGGACGAGCGAAGAUCAAGGACACAAAAUACAACCCAUAUGCAUCAGUCACGCU